AUGAAUACUCCAAAGGCGAUGGCAAUCAAGGUACCUGAAAUCGAACAUUUGGUGUCUUCUAUUGAAAGGAUAAGAAAACAAGUCCAGAAAAUUAAUGGGUUAGUGCCCAAGGUACUCUUGGAAAAUUUUACCAAAUGUUUGCAAGCUCUGGAAUUAAAAUAUGUCACACAUCUGGUUCCAGUAUUAGAAUGUGCUGUAAAUGAUCUAUUCGAAGAGAUUCAUAAGAAUAGUCAACAAAGAAAUUUUCCAGUGAAAGAUCAAAAUUUGAUUUAUGUCUUAAUAUUGCUAAUUGUCAACGAAACUGCCAAAGUGUUCGCUCCUAAAACCAUGAGGUAUUGGCAAAUUGUCCAUGUAUGUAUGAUUGAUUUAAAAGUCACCAGAAGUAUACUAACAGUAAAGGAUGUCAUGUACCUAGAUGUGUCUAAUGAUGUUACAACAGACUUAUUAAAAGAUUCGGUAAGCAAAACGAAUUCUAACUGGUUAUCAGCCAUGCUCUUGGUACGAAUGUAUGCUGCGAAAGGCACUAUCGAAAGUCAUUUAAUCCCAAGGGGCUUUUAUAACAAACUUGAAACAAUAUUGCAUUCUAAUAAUGAUUUCACAACUACAAACUACUUAUUAAAGAUUACGAAAUAUCUUCCUAAAGUCUCAAUAUAUAAAGAAAGUCAAAAAGGUUCUCUUACCGUAAAUAUAACUCAGAGGCCAACAUUCUUACAGGAGAUACCUUCAUCUGUCACUAAUGGAAGCUUAGAUGUAAUUUAUUAUUUGAGUAGUCUUAACAAAACAUUUAGAAAUUUGUAUCAGUUAAAGUGUGUUAGUUCUAGAAGUAUUGAUUUGAAUAAAUCUUUUGAGAAAGGUGACUUGAUGUUUCUUCAAGUAAUUGAUAAAGUAAUGAUCUUAUGGAAUUCGAAUGAAGAAUCUUUGGCGCCCAUUUAUAUUAAUCUAAACAAUUUAAAAAAGUUCAAAAUUAACCAAGAGCUGAAAAUUGAAUUAGAAAUAUCAAAACGGAAUGAGUUCUGGAAUAUAUAUUCAUUAGUAACUCUUGAUUCAAAAUCAGAAAGUUUGAAGCUUAGUAUUGAAUUGAAGAAAAUACAAUUAGUUCCUUCAUUCCUUAAAAUACUCCGUUUCAUCGUAACCCAUAAUAUCAGCAAGAUUUCCAUAGCUACCACUACGGUAUCUGCUGUAUCACAAACUGCAGAUCAAGAAUCGCCUAAACAAAUAUCAGCAUCAUUAUCAUCAGAGAGUCAGUUAAGUAAUAUCGACUUUUCCAGAGUCGGACUUAAUAACUUCCCAAAUGGCCAGAAGCUGAUCUCUAACUCAAAGAUCCUUUCUAAAAAAUCAAAUUCAAGUUGCAUGACAAGUCAAUCAAAUUUAGAUUUGGUACCUUCCAUUAAAGAAAAACUUAGAAAUCAUAAGACAAAAGAGAAUAGUUCCCUUGUUAAGGUACCUCCCGAAUUUUUUGGUGAAGAUCCUUUAUCAAUUGAGCCAUUGCAGUCUGAAAAUGAUAGUAUUAAAUUUCAAGAGUUCUUAGAAAAUAAUAAACAGAGCAUUUCAAGGGCAUCAUCGAUAUAUUGUGCCCAACAAGUAAACACAUUGCCUACCCCAACUAAAAUUAUCAAUGAUCUUCACAAAGUGUCUAAAAGAUAUGGAAAAAAGACUAAAAAACAAAGCCAUAAAAGAGAUAUAUGGGACUUCUCAUCAUCUGUUCCUUCAUCUCCUCUGAAAAAACCAAAAUUGGUGACAAAUUCGAUAAGAUCAUCGAAGUCAACCGAACCAGAACAUCUUGCUCAAUCAAUAAUCCCAGAUUCUCUAGCAUCGCCUACAUUAUUAGUAGCUUCAAGAAAAAGAACCAAUAAUGAAGAACCCAAGGAGAAUUCCGAUGCUCAGAAGGGUCACAAUCUUUUUGCAACCAAACCACAAUUAAAAUCAAAAUCAGAAAAUAAUAAUUCAAGUAAUAAUAUUGAACCUACAACACCUACAAAAACCAGAAACCAACCUAGAAAGCUAUACGAUGACUUGCUUGAUAACUCUUCCGCAAAGAAAAACAACACAAUUCAGGUCGGAGAGUCUUUGACUAACGAUACGUACAACAGGGAAAAGUCCAUUCGCAAUUUUCUCGAUAGCAUUACUAAACUGAGUGAGUGUAUUAAGCCAAGUAUUGGGAAUGCAGUUGAUAAUCUUGAGACACAAGAUAGAUCAUUAGAUAUGAACACGCCCGCUGUAGGUAAUUCAACAACAUUUCUAGAAAACGAUAAACGAAAUGUUGAUGCAACCACUGUAACUGAUGAUUCGAAAACAAAUAAUGAAAAGUCGCUUGCAUCAAUACAAAAGAACAUCAGUGAAAACUCUCUUCUAGAAGAUACUACUAUAAAAACAUCAUUUCAUGAGUAUGGUUCCAUGUUCAAAGAACAUGAUAUUAACAAGCAAUAUAGUUUAAUCUACGAAGGGAUGAACUUGUUAUCUUCUAAUCUUAUAAAUAGAAUCAAGAAAUUCGAAAAUGAUAUAUUCCAAAAGCAAAAAGAGUUACAUGAAGACCUAGAAAUGAAUUUCAAACAUAUUGCUAUACAACAUUGUGAAAAUUUAAAAAAUUUUAAUAAUUAUGUUAAGAUGAAGAGCGACGAAAUUUUUAAGGAUUUUCAAUGA